UAUAGGGGAGUGUAUUUACAUGUACCUUAGACCUCAACUGAAUUGAAUUGUGAAUUCACUUAAAUUAAUUUGAAAUGGAAUAUGUGAAACAAUUUAGGCCUUCUGUGAGCUGCACAGUGGAUACAGUACACUGUAACAAAACAUCAACAAAUACAGAGGUCAAUAAUCGACAUUCGUUCAAAGUCAACGGAUUUACCCCCUGCUUCACGCGAACCACCGAAGGCAUUUACAUUUUUACAUUUUUGUCAUUUAGCAGACGCUCUUAUCCAGAGCGACUUACAGUUAGUGAGUGCAUACAGCACCGUGGCCGGUUCCUCUUCUCGCACCUGUGCCUGUUCUAGAGCUCUGCUGACAGGAAGAGGCCAUCGCUCGCGCUUUUCAUUGAAGGAGCUGCUUUCACUCAUAAGCGCCCCCCUCCCUCCUUCCUUCUCUGGCAUCCGAGGCGGAGAUUGAAGAGAAAAUACAGAAAACACGUAGGCAGCGACGAGUCCGUGGUGCAGGCUGAGAUUGAUGUGCUGUGUCUGUGCGCGUGCAGCAUCUCAGCUCUCUCUCCAUGCAUAAGUUGUAUUUUCUGGCAUCCUUCAGAAAAGGCUCAACAAAUUCAGGUGUCUUUCGAUUCGAGGAUUAUAUUCAAUUCUAAAGCAGAUACCGGUUUAAAUUCAGUUUAGGUUACAAUCCGAAUUCUUAUCAAUUUCAAAAUUGUUCAGAAUAGGAGUUCUGCGAGGCUACAUCCUCUGUAAGGCAGCAAGAUGUUGGAUCCGUCAUCCAGCGAGGAGGAAUCGGAUGGUGGGAUGGUGGAGGAGGAACACCAUCACAAGGAGGCAUCGGCACCCCAGAGCGGAGCCCGCAUCUCUCCAAGCCGGACCAGCGAGAUCUCCGGCGGGCUUGCGCCCAGCAGCAGCAGCCGCAGUAGCGCUCGCCCGACCAGCCCGAGCCCGUCAGCUGCCAGCGAGCAGGAGAAGGUGGAGGAGGCGAAUUUGCUGAAGGAAGAAGAGGAGCGCAAAAAGAAGUUGCAACUAUAUGUCUUUGUGAUGCGGUGCAUUGCAUAUCCUUUCAAUGCAAAACAGCCCACCGAUAUGGCGAGGCGACAACAGAAGAUCACAGAGCAGCAGCUCCGGCAGACCAACGACCGCUUCAAAGCUUUCCUCAAUGGAGACACCCAGAUAGUGGCUGACGAAGCAUUCAUCAACGCAGUCCAGAGCUACUAUGAGGUGUUCCUGAAGAGCGACCGCGUUGCCAAGAUGGUCCAGAGCGGGGGCUUCUCAGCCAAUGACUGCAGGGAGGUGUUCAAGAGGCACAUCGAGAAGCGCGUCCGCAGCCUGCCCGAGAUCGAUGGCCUGAGCAAGGAGACAGUGCUCAGCUCCUGGAUGGCCAAGUUUGACACCAUCUACCGUGGGGACGAGGACCCACGCAAGGCUCAGCAACGCAUGACGGCUAGUGCAGCCUCUGAGCUCAUCCUCAGCAAGGACCAGCUCUACGAGAUGUUCCAGAACAUUCUGGGUAUCAAGAAGUUUGAGCACCAGCUGCUCUACAACGCCUGCCAGCUGGACAACCUGGAUGAGCAGGCUGCCCAGAUCAGACGGGAGCUGGAUGGACGUCUCCAGAUGGCCGAUCAGAUUGCCAGGGGAGGCAAAUUCCCGAAGUUUGUGUCGAAGGAGAUGGAGCAGAUGUACAUAGAGGAGCUGAAGGCGUCGGUGAACCAGCUGAUGGCCAACCUGGAGAGCAUGCCUGUGUCUAAGGGAGGAGAGUUCAAACUGCAGAAGCUGAAGAAAGGACACAACACCUCCAUCAUGGACAUGGGUCAGGAGGACGAGAACACACUGUCCAAGUCUGACGUGGUACUCUCCUUCACUCUGGAGGUGGUGAUCAUGGAGGUGGUGGGCCUGAAGUCUCUGGCUCCUAACAGGAUCGUGUACUGCACCAUGGAGGUGGAGGGAGGGGAGAAACUGCAGACAGACCAGGCUGAGGCCUCCAAGCCAACCUGGGGGACCCAGGGAGACUUCACCACCACACACCCCCUCCCUGCCGUCAAGGUGAAACUGUUUACAGAAAGCACUGGAGUGCUGGCCCUGGAGGAUAAAGAGCUGGGCAGGGUGGUCCUCCACCCGACCCCUAACAGCCCCAAGGCAUCAGAGCUCCAUAAGAUGGCCCUCACCAAGGCCUGCCCCGACCAGAACCUUCAGAUCAAACUGGCCAUCCGCAUGGACAAACCGCAGAACAUGAAGCAUUCUGGGUAUUUGUGGGCUUUUGGGAAAAACGUCUGGAAGCGCUGGAAGAAGCGUUUCUUCGUCCUGGUGCAGGUGAGCCAGUACACCUUUGCCAUGUGCAGCUACAGAGAGAAGAAGUCUGAGCCACAGGAGCUGCUACAGCUGGAUGGCUACACUGUGGACUACACCGACCCCCAGCCAGGUUUGGAUGGCGGCAGGGCGUUCUUCAACGCGGUGAAGGAGGGCGACACUGUGAUCUUUGCCAGUGAUGACGAGCAGGACCGCAUCCUGUGGGUCCAGGCCAUGUACCGGGCCACCGGUCAGUCCCACAAGCCUGUGCCCCCCACCCAGGUCCAGAAACUAAACUCCAAGGGGGGCGCCGCCGCUCAGAUGGAUGCGCCCAUCUCCCAGUUCUCUGGACUUAAGGACGCAGACAGAGCUCAGAAACAUGGCAUGGAUGAGUUUAUCUCGGCUAACCCCUGUAGCUUCGACCACACCUCCCUGUUCGAGAUCGUCCAGAGGCUCACGUUGGACCACAGGCUCAAUGACACCUUCUGCUGCCUGGGAUGGUUCAGCCCGGGCCAGGUGUUUGUCCUGGAUGAGUACUGUGCCAGGAACGGCGUGCGGGGGUGUCACAGACACCUGGGUUACCUAGGGGACCUGCUGGAGAGGGCGGACAGAGGAGCCAUGAUCGACCCCACCCUGCUGCACUACAGUUUCGCUUUCUGCGCCUCCCAUGUCCAUGGUAACAGGCCUGACGGGCUGGGAACAGUGAAGGUGGAUGAAAAGGAGCGCUUUGAAGAAAUCAAAGAGCGAUUGCGUGUGAUCCUGGAACACCAGAUCACUAACUUCAGAUAUUGCUUCCCGUUCGGACGUCCAGAGGGAGCCUUGAAGGCCACGCUGUCUUUGCUGGAAAGGGUGCUGAUGAAGGACAUUGUGACUCCAGUCCCACAAGAGGAAGUGAAGGGAGUCAUCCGUAAAUGUCUGGAGCAGGCUGCUCAACUCAACUACGCAAAAAUCACAGAAUAUGCCAAAAUCGAAGGGAGAAAGAGGGAAAUGUUUGAGCACCCUGUCUUCUGCUUGGCGUCACAAGUGAUGGAUUUAACCAUCCAGAACGUAGGCCGGUUAGUCACGCCCGCCAAAAAACUUGAGGACACUAUUCGCCUGGCCGAGCUAGUCAUAGAGGUCCUCCAGCAGAACCAGGAGCAUCAUGCGGAGGCUGCAGUCACAAGUUCUGGAGAUCAAUCGGGCAAAGAGGCCUUUGCCUGGUGGUCUGACCUGAUGACGGAGCACGCUGAGACCUUCCUGGCCAUGUAUGCCGUGGACAUGGAUGCUGCUCUGGAAAUCCAGUCUCCUGAGAGCUGGGACAGCUUCCCUCUCUUCCAGCUGCUCAACGACUUCCUCCGCACUGACUAUCACCUGUGCAAUGGGAAAUUCCACAAACACCUGCAGGACCUCUAUGCUCCCCUGGUGGUUAGAUAUGUGGACCUGAUGGAGUCCUCCAUCGCUCAGUCUAUCACCAGGGGCUUUGAGGGAGAGUCUUGGGUGCCUGUAAAGAGUUUAACAAGUAAUCUGCCCAAUGUGAAUCUCCAAAUACCAAAUGUCAACCUCCAAAUUCCCAAAGUACCAAAUCUGCCGCCAGUAGCAGGACUAUCAGUUAACCUUCCAACAAUGCCUAGUUUUUCCACCCCGUCAUGGAUGGCUGCUAUCUAUGACCCUGACAAUGGCUCUGGGACGUCGGAGGACCUGUUCUGGAAGCUGGAGGCACUGCAGACCUUCAUCAGGGACCUACACUGGCCCGAGGAGGAGUUUGCCAAACACCUGGAGAACCGCAUGAAGCUCAUGUCCAGCGACAUGAUUGAGAAUUGCGUCAAACGCACUAGGAUGGCAUUUGAGUCCAAGCUGGCAAAGAGCAGCAGGGGUACAGACUUCCGCAUCUCUGCAGCAAUAUGCACCAUGUUCAAUGUGAUGGUGGAUGCGAAGGACCAGUCCUCCAAGCUGUGUGCCAUGGAGAUGGGCCAGGAGAAACAGUACCACACCCAAAUAGAUGAACUGAUUGAGGAGAGUGUAAAGGACAUGAUCCAACUCAUGGUGGCAAAGUUUGUGGUUAUUCUGGAGGGUCUGUUGGCCAAGAUCUCCCGAUACGAUGAAGGCACUCUAUUCUCAUCUUUCAUGUCAUUCACGGUGAAAGCUGCCUCAAAGUAUGUGGACGUCCCUAAGCCUGGGAUGGACGUUGCCGACGGUUACGUCACCUGUGUCCGCCACUCUCAGGACAUUCUACGAGAUAAGGUCAAUGAGGAGGUGUAUAUAGAAAGAUUAUUUGAUCAAUGGUACACAGCCACCAUGAACCUGCUGGGGACCUGGCUCACUGAGCGCAUGGACCAGCAGCUCCAUCUCUACCAGCUCAAGAUCCUCAUCAGGAUCGUCAAGAAAAAGUACCGUGACUUCCGUCUGCAGGGGGUGCUAGACUCCACCCUGAACAGUAAGAUGUAUGACACGGUGAGGAACAGGCUGACCUUGGAGGAGGCCAACGCGUCCAUGAAGGAGGGAGGGAUGGGGGGCAUCUCCAUGAAGGACAGCGACGAAGAGGAUGAAGACGAUGACUAGAGCCCAGUGACGCCCGACCUCAGAACUGGCACCGACGCCUCCCUUUACCAAUGCAUGUACCAACUCUGUUACUCAGACAGCCACUCUAGGACCUCUUUGUCAUCUCGAAAUGCCGAUGAAGGACCUAUAAUAAACAAUAAAAAUAGUAAUUACUAUGCUGAGGAAAAAUAAUACAAAUAAAGAUGUUGAAAAAAUAAACCAUGAUUGACAGUUUAGCUGUGUCAUGAUGAAGAUAGCACCGAUGAUAUCUUUGACUCAUUGAUUUCUAAAUUCAUUUCUGUGUUCCUAAGCAAUAUGGAGUACCAUUUGUUUGACAAUGUUGAGUGAGAUUAUUAGGUGUGUCCCUGUCCAAUGCAAACCUAUAUGGCACUUUGUUGUAUUCUACAUUCAUUAUAAUGGUACAUUGUCGUGGCGAUGAGUGUAUAGACCCUUUUCUUUGUAUUGUCUGUCUUUAAGUGGAUGCCAACUGCUUCAAACUGAAAAUUACCCUCUGUAUUUAAGUUCAAUGCUGUUUAGGAUAAGCAUCUCGUCUACUCACUCUACUCUCACCACCAUAGUAUGUUCUAGAACGUCCAUUUCUUCAUCUGUGUCAAUGCUUUGUGACCUCAUAAUCUUUCACCCUAUCACUAACGAGACAUCGUCCAGCAGCCAUCUUGAACUAAAAUGAGUGGGUAUUCUAGAAAUGCAAUAUUCUCAAAGCUCCAUUUUGAUAUCUUGUUGGAGAUUAUAUUUUUAUUUCUACGUUGUUGAAACGACCUUGAAACAGGUUCUAAUCUAUUUUAAAUUUAGUUGCACGUUUACAGAGAAAAGAGAGCUAAAAAUAAAAUGUUUUUUUAUUUACCAAAAUGAAAGUUGGUCUGUCUUUUUAGUUUUAUUGCGUAUUUGAUUAGGAUGAGAUGUGUGGCAUUUCUUUGGGUCUCACUGUUGUUUGUAUAUACACAACGCUGUACAUUGCAUUCUGAGCCAUUGCUGCAUGCCCGUGGGUCCCCACCCUCUCCGAAUGCUUUCCGUUUUGUGUGAAAUUAGCUGGUGGAUUCAUUCUUGCUUUUGCCUUAUGAAAGCCAAGUUGUAAUAUGCAAGAGCUGUGGCCUCUAAAUAAAAUUACUGUACAAAUA